AUGCAAGGUCAGCGAUUCCAAAAGGAAAUGAAUGCUAUUGUAGUGCAUGAAUACAUGUCCAAACAACUAUUAAAAUCAACGAGUAUAAAUAAACCUGGUGGUAGUUGUCGAUGCAGUCUUCGAAUAGAACGAUACAACUGUAAAGCAUCCGGUAGUGUUGAUAUGUAUCCAGACAUGAUGGUUAUCAAACACUUUAACAGGACAAGUUUUAUACCGUGUUCACGUGAUGGUUGCAAUGAAGCGUAUCGAUCAUGUAUUUCUACACUUGACAUUAUUCCAGCAAUGUACGUGUUAGAAGCUGAUUCCACUACAGCCGCAGAAAAACAUCACAUUGUACGUCUGAUUGGUUCUAUUCCAAAAGUUGACUCGGUCAUCAAACUGAUUGGGCAACUGCUUAGAUCGAGCUGUUCAACGACUCCUUGCUAUAUGACACUCGUAGACAGUGUUUGUGUGCUACUCCGAGAUGAUGAACACAACUCAAAACCUACAGAUAUACUUUCAAUUAAACCAUCGCAAGUUGUUUUGAUAUCCAUGAUUGGAUGUGAUAAAAGUAUGAUAAACGAGAAUGACGGAACUGCCAAUUUCUGCAUGUUUAGUGCAGAUCCUAAUGAGCAAAAACAAGCUAUUCAGAUGCUACUAUCGACCAUCAAGUUGGCUAUGCAGCCCUGCAAUGAGCCAUACCAAAGUAUUACCAUCCAUGGAUGUCCUUUAAUAUACAAGCCUUUUGUUGAUACUCUUGUUAGCUACAAGUGGAAAUCAGACGUAUAUCACAUGUAUGUCACAAAAUCACCAAUUAAUAAAUAUAACGUGGCGAUUGGUGAUUGCUGGGUAGAUGAUACAACCGGUGAAACGUUUGUUAUUGAUCAUAUCAAGGAGUCUGAUAUUCCGGCAAUCAUGCUGGAAAGAACUGUCGAUUAUGGCGUUGACUAUGUCAGAUUUGCAACUCUCGAGUAUCCAUUGUCACAACUCAAUUGUGUGAUUCGCGUUUUUCCUAAAGGUGUCGAUCCGGUGUCAAAUCCUUCAUUAGGAGUACCAGUAUCGUGGGCUGCCAGUCAUCAUGAUUUUCAAAUUGGCAUGCUUGCCACUAUCGAUUCAUAUAGAAGACGCAGUCUUGCAGCUAAAUGCGUCGAGGUUGUUUCUCAGCUGCAACUUCAUUUCUUGAAAUCCAAUUUUGAAACUUUGUUGGGUGAUUCGAUCCUAAGUUUUGGAUUUGUCAAGGAAGGAAACGAUGCAUCCGCUGCUGUGAUGGAACAGUGUGGGUAUUCGAGAUACGAGCAAGACCAAUUCCAAUGGCUGGGUGUAAAUGCCAUGGAUAUCGAGUAG